AUGGAUGUCAAUUCUCUACCUACGAAGAAUUCGGAAAACGGAUCGCCAACACCAGUGAUGUGCAAUGGAGUUCGAAAUGUACGAUUACCAAAAAUUGAGCUAAAACCAUUUACGGGUGAUCCAAAAGAUUGGCCGCAGUUCUGGGCAUUAUUCGAAGCUGCUGUCGAUUCUCAGCCUAUACCAACAGGUGUUGGUGAUUGUUGGAUUGAAAGGGUGCAAGUGAUUGUUGGAUUGAAAGAGUGUUGA